CCGCCCCGCAAAAUAGUUGAUUGCGAUGCAAGCGGCCCAGCUGCAGAUUGUUUGCGGCCUACUAUUGUUCACGUCGCCGAGCCCGUUGGACAAAGGGAAAAGCCCGCGGAACCCGCAAAGUCUCGCAGAUGCUGUUGCCAGCGCCGCGCCGCCGUCGAGGUCUUCCACGGUUCCUUCUGUCUUCCCGGAGGGGCGGGAGCGCACGCUCGAGCUCCCGCUACUCUCGCUCCAGUCGAUACCCACAGCAUCGGCCGCACCGCGCAGGAUGUCUCUGCCCCUGCUCGUCGGCACCUGAAGCCUCCAAUCCAGCGCAUCCUCCCUCUUCCCCAAGCACUGCGGCGACUAAUCCGUAUCUGAAUCGGAAGCACCACAGCAGUAACCGCCUCAUCCUCAUCGGAGAGCCUGGGAGCACCAAGUCCGACUAGGACAACACGUCUAGUUGCCACGCCGCCAUAAAAGGCAGGGACACCCUGCGCUUCUCUCCAUCGAAGGCAAAUCCAAGCCAGAGCCAGCGUUGCCUUCGCCAAACGUUCAGAAACCAAACCCAACGUCCUAGUCCACGAACCUUGUCUGCAGUGCGAGACAGCGCUCACACAAGCGAAGCAAUCAUGGGGAACGUCGCGGGGAAGAAUAUUCUGACAGUGGCGAUCUCGUUGCUCGCCGUCCUGGCACUACUCCUCCAGCCGUGCGCCGCCGCACGCCCCGUUCCCGGAACGGCGACCAUUAUUGACGGCAGCCAGAGCCUGCACCUGCCCCUCCGCGGGUCGCUACUGCGCGGCCCGGAGAGCGUCGCGUUCGACGGCGACGGCGCGGGGCCCUAUAGCGGCGUCUCCGACGGCCGCGUCUUGAAGUGGAACGGGCUGGCGCGCCGCUGGUCCACCUAUGCGUACAGCCCAGGCUACAACGCCAAGGCCUGCACCGCGUCUAGGACUCGACCGGCCGAAGUCACGGAGAGCACGUGCGGCCGCCCGUUGGGCCUGCGCUUCCACUACAAGUCCGGCAACCUCUACAUCGCCGACGCGUACAAGGGGUUGAUGCGUGUCGGCCCGGGCGGCGGCAAGGCGACGGUGCUGGCCAACGAGGUCGAUGGUGUGCCGCUCCGCUUCACUAACGGCGUCGACGUCGACCAGGUCACCGGAGAGGUGUUCUUUACGGAUAGUAGCACGAACUACCAGCGGUCACAGCACGAGAGAGUCACAGCUACUGGAGACUCGACGGGCCGUCUCAUGAAGUACGACCCGAAGACGAAGAGUGUCACUGUGCUGCAAUCCGGUAUCUCGUACCCUAAUGGUCUCGCUAUCAGUGCCGAUCGGACACACCUUGUCGUAGCACUCACCGGACCAUGCAAGUUGAUGAGGUAUUGGAUCAAGGGUCCCAAGGCGGGCACGUCGGAGCCGCUUGCCGAUCUACCGGGCUAUCCCGACAACGUGAGGGCUGACCUUAAAGGUGGAUUUUGGGUAGCACUGCACCGGGAGAAGAUGGAACUGCCAUUUAGCCCAGACAGUCACCUUCUUGCUGUGAGGAUCAAUGCUGAUGGGCAGGUGGUCCAGGUGAUGAAAGGAUCCAAGAGCGUAAGGCCGACCGAGGUGGUGGAGAGGGAAGGCGGCAAGUUGUAUAUGGGUUCGGUGGAAUUACCUUAUGUCGGCGUAGUUAGUGAAUAGAAAUUUCGCUUUUAGUUUAGGUUUGCUAUUUUUCGAUGUUGCUAGGCUAUUAGGAGCUUGAAUUUUUUUUUUACAUUACAUCAAGAUUGUACUAGCCUAGUUUGG